AGUACCUUUCGGUGAACAGCGAUGAGAUAAGUGAUUGUUUAUUGGCAACAGCUAUGUCAACAAUUGAAGAGCGCCGAGCGUAUCUCGACAGUCCGUACUUCAAGUCAUACAUUUACGGGAACUUCUCGCCGUUCUACGCCACCAUCGCUGUCUGCACCGCGUUGGGCGUUUUCCUGCUGGUUUUGAACGCGAUCUGCACCUGUUGCUCGAAGCACCGUCAUUAUUGGAAGGAUCGCCACACAGGAAACCGGUGGCUGGUAUCCUUUUGGACAGCGACUCCGCACAAGCAGCCUCCAUUGGAUUUCACUGAGCUCCGCGACGUGAGCGAGUUCAAGCCAAUUCGGCACAUCGAAGACGUCGAACAGCCUGAAUACAUUCCCCCAGCCCAGCACCACAACGAUCAACAACAGCAGCAAACGGACGUCCCCAGCACCGCCAACGCCGCAGCUACAGCCGACAAAUUCGACCAGCGCCGCCGUCGAGGAGGACCCCAAGAAGCUUUCUCUGUCUCUUCGGGUGGCGCAUACAAGACAGUUAUGAUAUCGAUCAAGGAUAAUCGUUGCCCACCGAUUACAUGUCCCAAGUCACUGAACGACGUAAUUCUCGUCGUAUUCCCUCAGAAUAUUGAUAACGACCUUCCGGGCGUUCAAGUCAAUCCCGAUGAAGUACCAGAAAUUAGCGACGAAGAGAAUAAGACACCUGGUUUAUAUGGCAUACCGAACAUAGCUAUCAAAUUGGCAGUCGUGAUAGUACCAACAACUUUGGCAAGCGAGUCAUCUAUAAUAGAUUGCUCUCAAUCGCGGAAACAGAAGACGGUCUAUCAGGGAUCGAUUCCGGAGAACGAAAUCAAUGAUCGAUGCGGUUAA